UCUCGCUAGAGCUGCAUGCUGGCAGAGAGGAGAAGUGAAGUUACUGAACUGGGUUUUCAUUCUAUACAUGUUUGAUUCUCAUAGCUACAAAUACUGUAAUUACUUUGCCAUUAAAGCUGUAUGAUGUUGCCCCUGAAGGAAAAUGAUCGACCAAUAGUGAAGAAGCUACUGGAAGCUGGGUGUUGUGCCCGCUGUGUCCUGAGGUUCUGCUUCUUGGAGGUGCAGUCAGCUUACCGGCAGCCUUAUGAGGAUACAGCAAAGGAGCUCCUUGCUUUCAUCAAUGACGAAGAGACAAAUGUAACCAAAGAUUCAGCAGUGCAGGACCAGCUCACAAAAGACCCCCCAAGUAAGAAAAUUAAGCUGGACACGGCCAAGACCGAUGUCCAAGCAGAAGGCGACUCCGCUCUGGUCCCCACGGUAACAGAGGAAGGCGGUGCCAGGCUUGUCAAAUCGGAUGUGUGUGUGGUGUGCCUGGGAGUUCUACAAGAGUUCUGUGAUGAAGCUUAUGCUACAAAGAUAUCAGAAGUGGUGAAGGCUGAAAAUUACCAGUUUGACACAAUGGUACUGUCUGUGUCCCUGCCUGCACAGUUGUCAGUCCGAGAGCACUCUUGUUGGCUGCAUGUUAAGAAGGAAGUGAGGAAGAAGUCCAUGUUGCUUGAUAAGGAUGAUGUCAUCAAGGUGAAGGAUGCAUUUAAGUGGAUAAUGCAGGGUCUGGUGUCCAAAGAGCUGGGGGGUGUAUCUGUGGUGACCAAGAUCAAUCGACAAACGGAACAGUUUGAGGUUGGCGUAGGGUUCACGCACCCAGAGACCGACUCCGACUGUCACUUCCUGGCCGGCGCCUGUUCAGACUGCUUCAGUCCUACUAAAAACAAAGCGAAUGUCUUCACAAGAAUGGCCGUGGCCAAAGCCAUCGGGAAGGUUUCUGACGAGAAGUUUCUAAAAAAGUUUCCCUGUCCACCUACGCGACCAGCCAGCAAAUGUGUAGCGCAAGACGUUCAGUGUCUUCACGUGUCUGUUUUUGUUGCGGGGAGGUACAACAAGUUUUCCCGCACAUUGCCCCAGACCCCCUGGGUGAUUGACGGAGAGCGGAGGAUGGAGUCCUCGGUGGAGGAGCUGAUUGCCGCACCCCUCCUCUCCUCUUUCCGGGCCAAAGGGUUUAAUUUCUCCUCUUCAGGAAGGGAGGAUGUGGAUGUACGGACACUCGGAAACGGUCGCCCGUUUGCACUGGAGCUGCUGAAUCCUCACAGGGCCAGAUUCAAUAAGGCAGAGAUCCGGCAACUGCAGGAGACCAUUAACCAGUCCUCAGACAAAAUCAGAGUCAGAGAUUUGCAGAUCGUAAGCAGAGAUGCAAUGGGUCACAUGAAGGAGGGUGAGGAGGACAAGACCAAGUCGUACAGUGCCCUCAUAUGGACCCAGAAAGCCAUCGACAAAGAUGACAUCACAUUCUUAGAGGAAACCAAAGAGUUGAAGCUAGCACAGAAGACGCCGCUGAGGGUGUUGCACCGCAGGCCGCUAACCGUCCGGGAGCGCGUUAUCCACACCAUGAGCACGCGUUUCCUGGACGCGCAUCACUUCCACCUGGUGCUGCGCACGCAGGCAGGGACUUACAUCAAGGAGUUUGUCCACGGAGACUUCGGUCGCACAAAGCCCAACCUGUGUGACCUGCUGAAGACUGAUACAGAUAUCCUCGAACUGGACGUUGAGUCUGUCGAUGUGGACUGGCCACCUCCCGUCCCAGAGUGAGCCUCACCUCCCUGGAGCUGUUGUUGUGAUCUAAACCGUCAUCUGUUGGCUGCCUAUUUCAUUCCGUCAACUCAGUCCGUUUAGUUCCGUUUCCCUGUGUGAUACGCAGAGUGUCAAUGUUUUUUGUUUGAUUUAAUGGAGGCCAACUCUGGUUAUGAUGAAGUGAACCCCUUCAGCCCCCUGGGUGAGCUUAAGGCCUUGAGCCAACCUCAACGGCUUGGAGAGCCACAGCUGAGUUGUAGCAGCAAUGGGAAGGUGGAUGGAUAUGGAGUGAUGGAACAGAACUACAAUCCAAGGACAAACUACAGGAAGAGAAAUGCCUACCAUCUGAAGAAAAGUGAAAGGACUCACAUUACAGGAGGCAAAAUCCCACAAGACGAUGUUUCUAACUGUGACAGACUUAAGCCCCCUAUUAAAAUCUGGUUCUGAUA